UUUGGCACAGCCGCGGAGGCCGCAGCAGCGAGAGUUCCAGGGUCUCUCCUAACUGCUGUAGUAACCUGGGUCCAGGGCCUCGGUGGUGCUCCUGAUGUCCCUCACCCACCCCUGAAGAUCCCAGGUGGGCGAGGGAAUCGUCAGAGGGAUCACAAUCUUUCAGCUAAUUUAUUUUACUCUGAUAAUCGGCUGAAUGUAACAGAGGAACUAACGUCUAACAGCAAGACGAGGAUACUGCACGUCCAGACCAGGCUCACAGGUUCCAAACACAUUAACUGGAGAGCCGUGCUGAGCAGCGGCUGCCUCUACGUCGAGAUCCCGGGCGGCGCUCUGCCCGAGGGGAGCAAGGACAGCUUCGCAGUUCUUCUCGAGUUCGCGGAGGAGCGGCUCCACGCUGCCCGUGUCUUCAUCUGCUUCCACAAGAACCGCGAUGACAGAGCCGCCUUGCUCCGGACCUUCAGCUUUUUGGGCUUUGAGAUUGUGAGACCGGGGCAUCCCCUUGUCCCCAAGAGACCCGACGCUUGCUUCAUGGCCUACACAUUUGAGAGAGAGUCUUCGGGUGAGGAGGAGUAGUGGCAGUGCCGCCUGCAUCCCUCGCGCUUUGCCGCCGGAGCCCUCUGGAUCGCAGUCCCUUGCGUGUUGCGUGUAGUGCGGGUGGCGGGCCCGACAGCUGCGCUGGGGUGCGGAUGGCAGGUCCGCUCAUCUCUGCUGGGUUCGUCCGCAUGUUGUGAUUGUGCAAAUAAACGCUCACUCCAAAUUAGCGGUAUAUUUCUUGAAGUUUAAUAUUGUCUUUGUGAUACUGAAGUAUUUGCUUUAAUUCUAAAUAAAAGUUUAUAUUUUACUUUUUUAUUGCUGGUUUAAGAUGAUUCCGAUUGUCCCUGUGUCUGGAGGAGGAGUUUCUCAUUUGAUGGUUCUUGGAAAUCUUAGGUCGCUUACCUUGGAAAGAUCGGUGUUAGUCUACCUUCUAGUGCUCUGAAAAAUCUGAAUAAAAGUGAUGACACCUC